AUGCAGCCUUCCGAAGGUGCACAGAUCGACCUGGGCAAGGCCCAGGUCAUUGAUCGUGUGCCCAAAGUGAUUAAGGAACUGAAGUUUGGCGUACUGACGAACGAUGAUAUUGUUGGCCAAGCUGUCGUCGAAGUUUCCGACAGAAAGUUCUUCGACCUCGACCGUGACCGCGCGGUGGUUGCCCAUGGCCCUCUCGAUGCACGCAUGGGUAUUUCGAAUAAGACGGCGAUUUGUCAGACAUGCGGCUAUCAUCUCAAGGAAUGCAAUGGUCACUUCGGCCAUGUAAGACUGGUACUUCCGGCGUUCCAUGUCGGUUAUUUCAAGCGUGUGAUUGGGGUUCUCCAGGAAAUUUGCAAGGAAUGUUCUCGCAUCCUACUUCCGGAGGCAGAAAGACGUGCAUUUCUGCGCGAAAUGCGCCGCCCCGGGCUGGACAAUCUACGGAAGCAGCAGAUUGUGAAAAGAAUCAAUGAACGAUGCCGCAAGACGCGCGAAUGUGAACAUUGCAAUGCAGUUAAUGGUGUCGUGAAGAAAGUCGGCUCAAGUGCGCUGAAAAUCACCCACGACAAGUUCCGUGCGUUCAACGCAUCAGCUUCGGUGAAGAAGCAGCCGCCAAUGAGCAAGAUGGUCUUUGACGAUUCCUUUACCGAAGCCCGGAACUCGAACUCCGAGGUCGAAAAGCAUUUCAAGAAGGCGCAGGAUGAUUUGAAUGCCCUUCGCGUCCUGAAAUUGUUCAAAAAGAUCUCAGACAGCGACUGCGAAUUACUGGGCUUGGAUCCGAAGGAAGCUCGACCAGAGAUGUUCCUUUGGCAGUUCAUCCCUGCUCCCCCAGUCUGUAUCCGUCCAUCUGUUGGACAAGACGCUGCAUCAACCGAGGACGACUUGACUGCCAAACUCGGUGAUAUUGUCCAGAGCAACAUCAACCUUAAGAAUGCUUUACUGAAGGGCGCCCCGGUUCAAACCAUCAUGGAAUGUUGGGACUAUAUGCAGCUCCAGAUCGCAGUCUACAUCAACAGCGAUGUCCCCGGUCUCAACAAGGCAGAUCUCGGAAAACCCAUUCGUGGCUUCGUCCAACGACUCAAGGGUAAACAAGGUCGAUUCCGUGGUAACUUGUCAGGAAAGCGCGUCGACUUCUCGGGUCGAACAGUCAUCUCACCCGAUCCGAAUCUACGUGUGGACGAAGUCGCAGUACCUGAGCUCGUGGCGAAGAAUAUGACCUACCCCGAGGUCGUUACUCGGUACAACAUCGAAAAGCUACGAGAGCGCGUGCGCAAUGGAUCCACGAAGUGGCCUGGUGCCAACUAUCUCUACAAGAAGGGAUCGACCUUCAGAACCAUGCUGAAGUAUGGUAGUCUCAAGCACAUGGCCAAUGAAUUGCAGGAAGGCGAUAAGGUGGAACGUCAUAUUGAGGACGGUGAUAUCGUUCUGUUCAACCGCCAGCCAUCCCUUCACAAGCUCAGUAUUCUCUCUCACUUUGCCAGGGUCCGUCCGCACCGGACUUUCCGAUUGAAUGAGUGUGUUUGCAACCCCUACAAUGCCGAUUUUGACGGCGAUGAAAUGAACUUGCAUGUUCCGCAAACAGAGGAGGCUAGAGCAGAAGCCAUGGAACUGAUGGGCGUGAAAAACAACCUGGCCACCCCCAAAAACGGCGAGCCCAUUAUUUCUGCCAUUCAAGAUUUCAUCAGUGCUGCUUUUCUACUCAGCAGUAAAGACAACUUUUAUGACCGUGGCUCGUUCUCCCAGAUUUGUCUAUACAUGCUGGGCCCCCUAACACGAUUUGAUUUGCCACCGCCCUCAGUCCUUAAGCCGCAAAUGCUUUGGACAGGGAAGCAGGUUUUCAAUGUGCUGAUGCGUCCUAACAAGGACGACCCAGUUCUAGUCAAUCUAGAUGCUGCAUGCCGUCAAUUUAAGCAACCCAAGGACGGCCGGCCAAAGGAUCUUGAUCCAAAUGAUGCAUGGCUUGUUAUUCGCAAUUCGGAGGUCAUGUGUGGUGUCAUGGAUAAGUCUACCAUCGGUUCUGGUAAGAAGGAUAAUGUCUUCUACAUUAUGCUUCGUGAUUUCGGGCCUCCUGCAGCUGCCGAGGGCAUGAAUCGCCUGUCAAAAUUGUCGGCACGGUGGUUCACCAACAUGGGGUUUUCCAUCGGUAUCACUGAUGUUUACCCUAGCGAAAAGCUAAUUCAGUCGAAGAACGACUUGGUUGAAACUGCCUACGCCGCUUGUGAUGAAGUCAUUGCGAAGUACAAGGCCGGUACUCUGGAAAAGUAUCCCGGCUGUGAUGAGUUGCAGACUAUGGAGAACCAGCUGUCCGGUAUUCUUAGUAAGGUUCGACAGCAAGCUGGUGAUGAGUGCAUUGCGCAGCUCAGCAAAUACAACUCGCCCCUGAUCAUGGCUACUUCGGGAUCCAAGGGAUCCAGCAUCAACGUGUCGCAGAUGGUUGCCCUAGUCGGUCAACAAAUUAUCGGCGGACAGCGUGUCCUUGAUGGGUUCCAAGACCGGACCCUGCCUCACUUCCCUAAAAAUGCUCGACAGCCCCCUUCAAAGGGUUUCGUCCGAAACAGCUUCUUCUCCGGCCUCGAACCCACCGAGUUCAUUUUCCACGCUAUGUCUGGUCGUGAAGGUCUGGUCGAUACUGCUGUCAAGACUGCCGAAACCGGUUACAUGUCUCGUCGUUUGAUGAAGUCACUCGAAGAUCUUUCCUCACAGUACGAUGAUACUGUUCGAAACUCAUCAUCUGCCAUUGUGCAGUUCCAGUAUGGUGAUGAUAAACUGGAUCCGGUGGAUAUGGAGGGCAAGGCCAAGCCUGUCCAUUUCGAUCGGACGUUUAUCCACUCUGAAUCCACCACCUAUAACAACGACGAACGGAGUCUGCUGCCUAAGGAAAUCAUGGGGGUCUGCGAGGAAAUGCUCCAGAAGGAGCGUGUCAAGCUUUACCGCAAGGACUUGCUGGGCCGAGAUUUGGAAUACAUGGAUCGUACUGACAAUGGCAUCGAUCAGUUCGAGAGUGCGCGCGACUUCUUGGAUUCAAUUGAGCAAUAUGUCCAGACGAAGGCCGACAGACUUAUUUCUCGUGGUGGUGAUUUUGACCCGUCCGACGAGAGAAGCCGGAAAGGCUUGGAUCACACAGGUAAAUUGACAGAGACCACACUGCGAACGUUUAUCACCGCCUGCUUGCAGAAGUAUAAGAAGGCUCAAGUCGAACCUGGUCAUGCUGUCGGCGCGGUGGGUGCCCAGUCUAUUGGUGAACCUGGUACUCAGAUGACCCUGAAAACUUUCCACUUUGCUGGUGUCGCCGGUAUGAGUAUCACCCAGGGUGUGCCUCGAAUCAAGGAAAUCAUCAACGCCUCCAAGGAAAUCAGUACUCCGGUUGUUGCUUGCGAGCUAGUCACCAAGGAUAGUAUCGCUGCGGCACGUAUCGUCAAGGGUCGGAUCGAAAAAACCUACCUUCAAGAUAUCAUCCACUCAAUCACUGAGAAUUGGAAUGGGAAUGAAGCUUACAUCAAGGCCAAGAUCAACUUCAAAACCAUUAACGACCUCCAAUUGGAACUUCGGAUGCCUCAGAUUCUUGCGGCGAUCAAAAACCAUAAGCGAUUCAAGGGCGACGACCUCAAGUUCAGUGCCACUGGCCGGUCUAUCAAGGUCACGAUCGAUUUGGAUCCAAGCAGCAAGACAAACCUGUCUAAGACCGAAAUUUCGGCUACCAGCGCCGACCCCUUCCUUCGUCUGAAGCAUCUUAAGCGCAUCUUACCGACCAUUCAAAUUCUGGGACACCCACGCGCCCACCGUGCCAUCAUCCGGACGGAUGAGACUUCCACGAUCAACACCCUGCUGGUGGAAGGCUACGGUCUGCGGGAAUGCAUGACCACAGUUGGUGUUGACGGUCUCCACACCAAAACCAACAACGUCAUGGAAGCACGUGAAGUACUCGGCAUCGAGGCUGCACGAAGCACCAUUAUUACCGAAAUCAGCGAGGUCAUGAAGGACAUGGACAUUGACCCUCGUCACAUGCAGCUACUGGCAGACGUGAUGACAUACAAGGGUGAGGUACUGGGUAUCACCCGUUUUGGUCUGGCCAAGAUGCGGGACUCUGUCCUCCAGCUCGCUUCGUUCGAGAAGACCGCAGACCACCUUUUUGAUGCUGGCGGUGCUGGCCGUACCGAUCUCAUUGAGGGUGUUUCGGAGUGUAUUAUUAUGGGCAAGACCAUGGGAUUGGGCACGGGCGCCAUGGAGGUGGUGCGCAAGUUGAAUUUCUACGAGGGGCAAAUCGGUCCCCGAAAGACUGUCUUCGAAGAUGUCUGGUCUGAACUGAAUGAGGCGCCCGCAAAGAAACCCGCAAGGAAAGUCCGGUGA